AUGAACCAAUUGGAAACAAAUUUAGCUUUAUGGGCAAUAUGUUCCAUAUUAUUAUUUGAAAUUUUAAUUAUCAUCUGUCUAUGUCGUUGUUGUUUUAAUCGUAUUAGACCAAAAAAAUUUUAUGUGAAACGAGAAGAAUAUGAAUAUUUACAAGAUAUUCAUAUUGGUACACAAUCAAAAUUUCAAUCAACUAUUUUACGUCCACCACAUGCUGAUGAAUUAGCACUUAUUGGUACGAUUCGAGGACAAAAAUCUCUUAUAUCAUAUAACGAUGGUUUUCAAAAUAUUGGAUUUUCUCGUGAUAAUGAAAAUGAACGAAUUCUUCGAUUACAACCUUCAUCAUCUCAAAAUUGGAUUGAAUUACAACCAAAUAUGUUAAAAACUGCACAAUUACCACCGGCUGAUUAUGAAAUUCAUUCCUAUCCAACAGAUGAUUAUUAUUAUUCCCAACCACAUCCAUCUUCUCGUCCGAAUAUUCUCGAUGUUCGUCAAAUUCAACAAGAUUAUAUAGAUGAUACGAAUGAAUUAGAAAGUUUUCAGUACCAACCUCUUCGUCGCCCCGAUAUAAUUCUUCCACAAGCUCAACGAUUAGAUACGUCAACGGAAUUUUAUGGUAUACAUUUUGCAAAUACUGUACCAAAAUCUAUUCUUAAAACAGGUACAAAUACAACUCCACCUAUUGAUUUAUCUUCAAAUCCAUAUUCACAAACACGUGAUAGUCGUACAUCAUCGAAAUAUGAUGAAUCACCCUAUAUUUCAGUUAAAAUUAAUACAGAUCAAUCAAUUCCGAUUGAUUAUCCAAUGAGUGCAAUUGAAAAAAGAAUUUCGAAUGAAUUAAUACCAUCACCAAAUCUAUCAUUAUCAUCGAAACAUCGAAUGAAAUUUGCUAGUGUUAGUAAAUUAAAUGAUAUUGAAUGGGAAGUUCCAAGAGAAUUUCAAAAUAUUAUUCAAGAUAAUCAGACAUUUUAUUCCGAUCGUCAACGAACUUCGUCGGCUAUUGUUGAUUCCAAAUCACAUAUUUCAUGGCAACGUGAAAUGAAUAUUACACAACCAUUUCCUUUAUUACCAGAUGAUCUAACACAACAACAACAAGCAUUUGAAUAUUAG